AUCGUUGUGGUCACGUGGUGUGUUUGUGUUUGUGUUGGAGCCGGAAGCUGUUGCUGCUGUCAUUAGCUGUUAAAAUGUUAAUGAUGUUCUGUGAGAACUUCUCUUCUGUGUAAUGAAGAAGGAUGAAGUGGGAUACGGUUUAAAAUGACAGGUGUUAUUGUGUUUUUGUGUCAGUAGUGGUAUAGCUUUCCCCACACACACACACACACACACACACUCACACUCUCUGCAGCAGUGCACGUGCAGUGAUGCGCUCUCUGAGUUUUGUUCAGCGUGUGUGUCUGGACUUCACAGGAUCUCUCUUUCCUCAUGCGAUCUGCCUCGGAGACGCCGAUAACGACUCUCUGAAUGAACUUGUGGUCGGCGACACGAGUGGCAAGUUGUACAUCUAUAAGAACGACGACUCCAAGCCCUGGCUCACUAGAACAUGUGUGGGAAUGCUAACGUGUGUGGGAGUAGGAGACCUCUGUAAUAAAGGCAAGAACCUUGUGGUGGCUGUAGGUGCAGAAGGCUGGUUCCACCUGUUUGACAUCGCCUCUGAUGCAGCCAAAGCCGAAUCGUCCAGCCAGCCCGAGUGGUUGUUUGGGGAUGACCAGAAGCCAUGUUUCACCCAGCACAUCCCUGCUAACACUAAAGUCAUGCUCAUCAGUGACAUCGAUGGUGAUGGCCGCAGCGAGCUUGUCGUGGGCUACACUGACCGUGUGGUGCGAGCUUUCCGUUGGGAGGAGCCGUCUGAUGCCACCGACCUGACUGGCGGUCAGCUGAUUUUGUUGAAGAAAUGGCUCCUGGAGGGGCAGGUGGACAGUCUGUCAGUGAACCCAGCCCCAGACGGCAGGCCCGAGCUCAUGGUCUCUCAGCCAGGCUGUGGUUAUGCCAUCCUGCUCUGUUCCUGGACACAAGAUGGCACUGUGGCGCCUGGAGAGAGCCGUUCGACCGCUUCUGCAGGAGAAGGGCCCUCCAGAGACAUCGUUCUUCACCUGACCACCGGCCGCAUUCAUAACAAGAACGUGUCGACCCAUUUGAUAGGCAGCAUCAGUAGGGGUACUGCAUGGUCGAAGGAGGACGACUCUAAAGGAGGCUUAUUUGCUCUCUGCACUUUAGAUGGUACCCUGAAGCUUAUGGACAGCUCUGAGCAGCUCCUGUGGUCGGUGCAGGUGGAUCACCAGCUCUUCGCACUGCAGAAGCUGGAUGUCACGGGUGAUGGCAGAGAGGAGGUGGUGGCGUGUGCCUGGGAUGGCCAGACGUAUAUCAUCGACCAUAAUCGCAUGGUUGUGCGAUUCCAGUUUGAUGAGAACGUGAAUGCUUUCUGUGCUGGACUGUAUGCGUGCAAGCAGGGCAGGAACAUUCCAUGUCUGGUGUACGUGAGCUUCAGCCACAAGAUCUACGUGUACUGGAAGGUCGAGCUGGAGUGCAUGGAACCUACCAACCUCAGGAGAGUGCUGGAGGAGAGGCCAGAAUACACAGAUCUGCUGAGCAAACUGGGAGUGGACACGAGGGACGCAGAAGCCAUCCGGAAGCUCAUCGGAGACGUACUGUACAGAGAUUCAGAAUAAUGACAGAUAAAAGACGUCGGAUGCUUUUUGUAAAUGUUUAAUUAAACUAUGAAUAAAUGUCUUCAAUUCCUGCUUUACUCUUCAUGUUCACUUUUUACGUGCUUUCUCAUUUCACGUAGAACGAAAAGUAUUUCUUAAUGACAGCUUUUUUUAAAUAGAUAUUGUCUUCAAUAACUGAAAUGCAAGCGAAUUAUUUACUUCCAGAAAAGGUUGGAUAAAGAAAAUGUGAAUCGGUGUGUUUCCUUCAGAUGCUGUGGGAAUUUCCUGAAAAGAGUUUUUGAGAAAGCCUUCAUCGUUUACCACACUGGUUCUUCCUCUUUGAGAGAACUUCUGCUAGAGCGGGAGAGACAAUAAAACAUUCAGCGCACUCACUA